CUCUCUAUGAGGUUUGGUUGUAGGUUGCAUGUUCAGCUCUUUUCCUUGUUGGCUGCUGGGCUUAGGGCUCUUUAGCGAAUUUGUGGUUUUUGUUUCAUGGCUUUUCUUUUAGCGUGGUGGUGGCGUUUGGCUGUUGUAGUACAUGUUUUUAGGUUGGUUUUCGAGGCUCACCGACGGGUGGUGGCUCGAUUUUGCUCUGACAGGCACGUGGGGCCCACUUCGGGUCCCUACACGGAUGAUCCAAGCCCUUUAAUAAUUUUAAAAAAAGAAACCGAGUGGGUUUAUGAGAAAUCAACUCAAUCUGAUAUGUGUAGGUGCUCAAUCCAAUCUUUCUAUUUUUGCCGAUUUUUCAAGACUAGGCUGUGAAAGGGUGUUUUUUUUACAUGAAAAUUAGCCACAAUGAAGAAUUUUUGGGCUGGCAAAAGUCCAUAAUGCUAAGGGGAAAAAAGAAGAAGAAUAGAAAUAGGCUAGGUCAUAUAUCCUAGUUAGCAUCAAGACUGUUCCCAAGAAAUAGAUGGUUAGAAACGUCUAAUGAGAUCGAUUUUGGUGCCUUAGCACACAAGUGGAAUAUUCUUGUGGUAUUCUCUUUGGACAGUAUAUAUCAUCCAAAGAGAGAACCAAGAAAUAGGCAUUGUUUGCGUUUGGCUAUUAUUAGGAUCGAGGGUUAUCAAUAAGGCACGCAGUAGUACGUACCCAUGCAUAUAUAUAUGCAUCCAUGUAUGUUUCUGCUCGAUCUGCCUUUUACUAUUUUAUUUCUCCAAAUUCAUUUACUCUUUUUGAGAAUUCGAUAUUCUUAACGAUCGGAGUUGGAUAAAUAAGUGAUCAAAAUGGGGUCUCCAGUUUCUGAUGAUCGAUUGGUGAAUGCUCAAAACUGUACCCAAGAAAGCGUGCGUGAGGGGCUCAAGUCGGCUGCUAUUGCCUGCGUCCUUAGUGCCGUGCCUACUUUUGCUGCUGUCAGGACGAUUCCAUGGGCAAAGGCCAACCUCAACUAUACUGGCCAAGCACUCAUCAUAUCCGGAGCAUCCAUUGCUUCUUACUUCGUUACCGCUGACAAAACCAUCUUAAAAGCGGCAAAGAAAAAUGCACGAUACGAGAGAAAAGAUUAAAGUUGGAUCCAGAUAGAACUAGAUAUAAUAUUGUUCAUUUCUCCUCCAACUGAUCGAUAUAUAUAUAUGGGUCUGUCAGCUUCAUCAUUAAUGCUCUAAUCUUGAUAUGUGGACCGGAGCUAGCAUUUUAGUACGUACUACUUAUUACUAAGAGAGAUAUGUAAUCUUAUUAAUUUGUUUACAAUUCCAGCGAGUAAUUAAUUUUUGCAAUCACACUUUUGUUGUAGUAGGACAUUUUCA